GCCCACCCAGCAUUCCAGCAAGCAACAACCCAACAGCCAAAGUUGGAGAGACCCGAGGCGCUCACUGACCGGAGGGGCUGUGGCUGUGAGCAGCCCCGAGGCGCUCACUGUCACCGUGUGGUUAAGGAAAGGAGGGAGCUUUGCCUUGCUUUGCUGUGCUGGGCUGACCGGCCGCCUGAGCCGGGCCGGGCGCGGGAGAGCGAGGGAGACGAGAAAAAGCGGCGCCUCGUCACGGUCGCCAGCAUCCCCUCCUCCUCCUCCUCGACCUCUUCUUCUCCCUCCCUCGGUCCCUCCCCCAUUCCCCCUGCAUUCUCCCUGCGUCGCGUCGUGCCGGCUGCGCGCGCGCACCUGCCCCUCCCGUACCUCGGUUCCCUGUCAGCGACGCUCCCUGGCAUCUUCUUGCUCCCCGGCCGGCCGUGACGGGCGUUCCUGCGCACUGCUCCUCUCCUCUGCUCCCGCCCAGCUCCUGCUCUGCACCUUCUCGGCUGCUCCGCGCUCGCUUCCCCGGCGUGCUCCCCCCGUUCCCUCCAAUGACGUGCCGGAGGUUGCGGCCGUGAGCGACUCUCCCCCGCGGGAAGACGGAAGGACCCGAGCGGCGCAGUAGCCGGCGGCGGCAUUGUGCAUGGACGGCGACGAGCAGCAGAGCGCCGCCUCGGCGGCGGACCACCGGCCGCCGGCGCCGCAGCAGCAGAUACGGGUGGUGCGCUGCCCCAAGUGCGACAAGCUCCUCCCGGAGCUGCCGAAUUACUCCGUCUACGUCUGCGGCGGUUGCGGCGCCACGCUCCAAGGUCACAUCCCCCCCUGGACCAUUUUGCAGCAAAGAAGAACUCAGCAUCUGAUACUUCUUCAGAGAAGUCUGAUGGUGAACAUGUGAAGUAUCUUGAAGUGCUUGAAAGUUUACCAGAAAAGAACGGAGAUGCUACAUCUGAAGCUUGUUGUGCUGUCCGAGAAGCAGACACCAAUAAAGUUGAAGGUAGGCCAGAGGAGAGAUUUGUACCAAACAGAAUGGCCACUGCACACAGCCAAUCUGGAUUCAGUUUCAAUGGUAGCAAAGCUACUUGUGCACCCAGCAGUGCCCUGAAGCUUGAACCUGCACUUAGAGAUGGAAGCAGGGAAGUUCGGGAGGCAAAAUACCGGCGCAUUCGUCAUGAAGAGAAAGGAGAAGCGAAACAGUCAGCAUGGGCAAGAGACAAAUCUCCAAGGUCUGUGGUUAACAGCAUUCCUCCUAAUGCUUACCCUGGAGAAAGUCCAUCUGAGUAUGCUAUGAAGCCUGGAUAUAGGCAUGCCAAUGGUGAGGUUGGUGACAGCAAGAAUUCAGACGGUCCUAGCAGAGUCGGUGGCCUUGAGAAAGACCGAACUGAGCUUUUGCGGAUUCUUGAUGAGUUGAGGGAUCAGGUACAGAGAUCCUGUGAGAUUGCUGACAAGCCAAGUGGGAGUGCUUCAACAAAUAGAGUGGUAGAUGCUGCAAGCUCUUACAAUCCUAAUGAGCGUCUGAGUCGAUUGCGGUAUGGUUCACCUCAGUUACAACGUAAUGGCUCUCAGCGUUCACCAUCCUUGGAUGGGCACACACCUGGUGUUCCUCCUGCUUAUCCUCCAAUGUCCGUACAGCAAGAUCUUCAUGGAUACGGGGAGCCUGUUGCACACAUAGGGGCUCCUAGCUACCCUGUUGGUUCGUAUCCAUGGAGAAACUUCGAUAAUUAUUUCCAUGGACUGUAUGACCCUGACCCUCUGAUCUCUUACCAUCAUGAUGGCUUCUACCAUCAGCCUGCAUGCCCUUGCUUACAUUGUUACCACCGUGAAUUCCUACCUGUUCAUGGGGCUCCACUGGGUUUCAACCAUCGUAGGGCACCAUAUCUUAUGAACAAUCCUAGCUUGUACCCUGUAGAAGGCCCAGUGAUGUUUGGUGCACAGAACUACAAUUCAAGAGGUAUGAAUGGUCUGAUGCGACACAAUCACAUGAGGCCCACCCUGAGUAAGAAACCUGCACAGACUUGCGAACCGAUUGUCAAUGGCGCCCCUUUCACCAUAUGCUACAAUUGCUAUGAAGUGCUCCAGCUUCCCAAGAAUUCUAUCUCGCUGGGAAAAGAUGAGUAUAAGUUACGUUGUGGGUCAUGCUCGCAUGUAAUUGUGGUCAGACUUGAUGGAAGCAGGCUAGAUGUUUCAGCACCUACACCAGUUUCACACCUAUCGCCUGGAAGUAAAAAUUGCUCCAACAAUGGCCAAGGUAGUAAUGGACACACUGCUGAUGAGAGAUUGCUUCCAUCUUAUAGUUUUUCUGUAUGCAGUCAUUGCUCUCAGGAAAAAGAUCUACCCUCAAAUUCAAGUGAAGCAGACAAAAUGCAAAGCAUAUCAUCUUCUGCCAGCAUUUCUGAAGAUGACGAUAGCCCAGCAAGAUCCAAUUCACAGAAGAACUCUUCUGGUUCUAGGGACCUUCCUCCUGAUGCUGAAGUGGUUAACCGUGUUCCAAGUUUACCUCUUCGUGAUCAUUUUGGAUAUUCUUCGUCAGAGAGAGCGGUUGAUGGGUCAGGCAAAGGAAGCCGAAGUACCCGGUCUGAACAUGAAAAGGGUGUGUUAACUGAAAGUUUCAAGCCAAGCACAGUGAAAGACGUACCUGUAGCAAGUGUGCUAGACUUGUCUGAUGAUGAGUAUGAUGAUCCUGAGUAUACUCAAGAUCCAGGCGGAGGGGCACAGUAUUCUGACCACCCGAGGGCCACAAAAUCGGGUGAUUCUUUUUUCUCCAGCCUGAUAAAGAAGAGCUUUAAAAUUAACGGUGGCAUGGGCAAUGGGAGAGCAAAGGUGUUCAUCAAUGGCUAUCCUAUCUCUGAUCGUGCUGUCAGGAAGGCUGAGAAGAUAGCUGGGCCAAUCUAUCCUGGUGAAUACUGGUAUGACUACCGCGCCGGAUUCUGGGGUGUCAUGGGACAGUCUUGCCUUGGCAUGAUACCUCCAUUUAUUCCAGAAUUUAACUACCCUAUGCCCAAGAACUGUGCCGGAGGAAAUACAGGCGUGUUCAUCAACGGGCGAGAAGUUCACCAGAAGGACUUGGAUUUACUAGUGGGUCGUGGCCUUCCAGAUUCUCCUGACAGAUCAUACAGGGUUGAGAUUUCUGGUAAAGUAUCUGACGAAGUAUCCGGUGAAGAGCUGUAUUGCCUUGGCAAACUUGCACCAACGGUCGAGAAGAUGAAGCGUGGGUUCGGGAUGCGAGUCCCCAGGGUCCUUCAGUGAGAGGCAGAAAAGGGGGCCUGAAAUCCGGCGGCUCUGCUUUGCGCGCUGCAGCGUCUUUUGCUAUAGAUUGUUCAUGUUAUGUUCUACUACAUUCUAACCCUGCCCGGAAUCAUUCCAUCUGUAGAGGGCCUUUUGAACGAGUGUGUCGUGGAGUGCUGAUGUAAUUUUGCUGGCUCGAGCUGGUUGCUGUCUGUGGAUUGAUGAAGCUUUCCAAAUGCAAGUUUCAGUCAGUAUUGUGUAGCUAUCAAUCUAUCGUGGGACGUGAUUGUA